AUGGAGAGCUGGCACUGUUUGCUGCUGCUGUGCACGCUGAGUUUGGCGCUGGCCUCCGGAGAGGCGAGGAAAAAUGAUGAUGACAUCGACCUUGUCAGCUUCCUGAGAAGUAUCUACCCCGGGCUGCUGGAGAGAGACGAGCCGUUCAUCGUCAACAAAGACUUCGAUAUAAACUCCCUCAAGGGGCUGGGACACUCUACGGCCCACUUAAUCACGGAGCAGAGCAAGGUCAAGCCAGUCAAUCAGGAAACAAACGGGGCCCCUGGACCGGUGGUGGUGACCAAAGACGGCCAGAUCAAGGGGAUUACGGUGGACAGGGCCCAUAUAUUCUAUGGGAUACCAUAUGCUGACCCCCCUGUUGGGGCUUACCGAUGGAAGCCCCCCAGACCUGUGAGUCCUCGGCCAGGGGUUUAUGAUGCCUCCUUCCCCAGGGCGUCAUGCAUGCAGGCCUGCAGCGGACCCAUCACCGAGUGUCCUCGGAUAGUCAGUGAGGACUGUCUCCACCUCAACAUCUUCGUCCCUCUGGAUGUGAACUUGAGCUCCCCAAUGGGAAGCCCACUGCCCGUCAUGGUGUGGAUCCAUGGUGGGGAUUUCAUCGCUGGCUCUGCUUCCAAGCCUCUGUACGAUGGACGCUACAUCAGUAACUCCACCCACACCGUCGUUGUGAGCCUGGAGUACCGUCUGGGUGCUUUUGGGUUCCUCGUGUCGGGCAAAGACCCCCACUCGUCAGCUGCAGGGAAUUAUGGGAUCUUGGAUCAGCAGGCGGCUCUUCUUUGGGUCCAGCGGAACAUUGCAGUGUUUGGAGGUGAUCCCAGCAAGGUGACAAUCUUUGGGGAGAGUGCAGGUGCUCAGUCAGUGAGUCUUCACCUGAUGAUCCAGAGCAGCAGGCAUCUGUUCAAACAGGCCGUCCUGCAGAGUCUGCCCUUCUCCAUCCCUCUGAAGACCAGACACGACGCCCUGAAGCUGGGGAAAGACUUUGCCAAGCAGACCAACUGCUCCGUGAGCGACAUCAUCUGCCUGCUGUCUCUCACUCCACAGGAUGUCCUGGCCGCCCAGAUGAAAACAAGUUCAAAGGUGGUGAACCCGUUCAGGUUCCUGGAGGUUUUUGAGACAUGGGGCCCGUUUAUCGAUGGGGAGUUAAUAAAAGAGCAAGCUGUCACUGCCUUCCAGAAGGGCCACUGGCAGAAGGAGAAGCGAGUGCUGCUGGGUACGACCUCAGAGGAGGGGGUGAUCUUUGCAUACGGUGUCUUUAACAAGCCGGUCUCUGUAUUGGAGAGCACUGUGUACAUCACAGCCAUCUUUAAACAACACGCACUGCGGAUCCUGCACAAGUACCUGCCUCUGUACCGGGACGCUGACCGCAGGGAUAUGCUAGCUCAGAUUGUCACCGACUACAUCUUCCUGUGUCCAUCCAGGAGGUCGGCCCGUGCCGGCACAGCGGCGGGCAGCGAGGUGUGGAUGUACGUGUUUGACCACGUGGCAUCAGACUAUCGCGUGUGGUCAGGUCUGACUUUCUGCUACCAGCACGCCUGCCACGGCGCCGAGCUGCCCUUUCUCUUUGGCUCUGCCUCUGUGGCCAACUUCACCCUGUCAGUGCCAGAGAAGCUGCUGUCCAAUCGGAUGCUGUGCUACUGGGGCGCCUUCGCACACACUGGUGACCCUUCUUCGCGGGCCCAACAGACGACUUUCUGCCGCCAGCAGCGUCUGCCCGUUUGGCCGUGCUAUUCCGACACCAGCAGCUGGCUGGUCAUGAACCUGACGGUGCGUUCACAUGCACAAGUGGGAACCAGGGACCAUAUUUGUGACUUCUGGGACCAUCUGGGCAUCUAUUAG